CCCCCCCCCCGACAGCAACAAGCCAGGGGCACGCUCUGAAUGGGAGCCCUGCAGAGGUCACUGGACAUAUGCUAACCCGUGGCCCGGAGCUCCCCCCAGCUGGCUGCUCCCUCCAGUCGGGGGCUGCCGCCGCCUUCAAGCAGCCUUGCCAGCAGCUCUCCUAUCCUUCCCCUCACCCCAUGGACCCAUUGCACAAACUCCGGCCCAAGCAGGACAGCCCCGAGCAGGUCGCCUACACUAGGGGAAUGGGGACAGGACACCUGGGUUCCAUUCCCAGCUCUCCCACCGACUUGCUGGGUGCCCGUGGCCAAGUCACUGCCUGGCUCUGUGCCUCAGUUUCCCUCCUGUGAACAGGGAUGAUACGUUCCCACCCCACAUAAAGCACUGAGAGCUCCACAGACUGACAGCCCCGGAGGGGUGCUCCUACCGCAAGGGACACAGACCGCUCCCUCCCAUCCCCCACCAGCAGCCCUAGGAGAAAAGCUCCUUCUCCGAAGCCUGUCGGUCCCAGCAGCAGAACAAGACCCCGCCGAAGCAUCGAGAGCGAGACAGGAGUCCACAGACACCAGUGCCUGUCCCCACAUGCACCACGCCUUGCACCAGGGCAGAGGCACCAGAAGAGGAGCUGCCAUCGGGCGGAGACUUGGGCCAGCUCCACUCCCUGGGCUCGGGAGAGAGCAGUGCCUGACGCCUCACCACGGAGCGGGCUCCCCGGGCCCCACCCAGGGCCAUGCCAGCUCCAUGUCCAAGCACAGCUUCCGCCCCGCCAGACAUGUCCCACUCCGGGCACCGAGCAGCCAGCCCACCUGGGCCAUCCCCCGAGCUAGGACGCAGAGAUGCCAGACCCACUGCUCUGCGCUCCAGCCCUGUCAGCCCCAGUUCUGCUACCCAGAGCUCGGACAGGAAGGAGUUAAACGUCCACCCCGCUCUGCUUGUAGCCCAAGGAAAUGUGAACUGCCUGAGCCAUCAACCCCAAUAUGUCAGCAGGCCAGCCAAGCGUGCAACCCGGAGACUGCCCUGGUGCAGCUCGUGCGGGCGCAUCUGCCUGCCUGUCCCCGAGGCGCGGGACUGGCAGCGAUCCCACACCCAGCCGUCCCGCGGGGAGAGCGCUCCCCCCACUGUCCCAGCCGUGGCUGGACCCGGUCAUGCCCACAGCGGGAGCCAGGCACUGGGGCAGAGGGUUACACACCAGGGCCUGGCUUGGAGGGGGCGGGGAGCCGCUCAGACCGAAGUGCCCGCGCCAAGCAGCGUUACAGCACCCACGCUGCAGGCACCAGCCCCAUGCCGUGGGCAGGGCCUUCCCCAGGCCCAUCCCAGGGCACAGCCUGUCACCCCCGCACACCUCCCCAGGCCACGGUUCUGUCCCGGCAGACCCGGCUCACGCUCGCCUCACGGUGCUCAGCGUGGUGCACCAAACACGGCCAGCGGGCCUCUCGGCCACGGCUAAUCCAAAGGCACAGGGCGUGGGCUACGCACCCUUGACGGGCACCAGGAGUGGCAUGGUCCGGGAGAAGCCUGUGCCCCAGCCCGAGCUGCCAGUCACCAAGCAGGACCCGAGGCGGGCAGCGUGGCUUUUCAGAGAGCUUUGGCAGUGCAGGGGCUGCAAGGCAGAGGGCCCUUCCCCACGCCCAGGCAAUCUCCCCGGUGCACUGCUAUUGCUCACUGGCCAGCCAGCACCUGACUGGGCUGGCUUGGUAGGAGCUGGAGCAGUGGCACAAGCAGCCCCCCAUACCCUCCCCGGCACCCGAUUCCCAUCUGCCAUCAUUGCCCGGCGUAGCCUGGGUCCUCGCAGCCCCAGGGCCGCUAGCCUCCCCUGGGGCUCUCUGCGCAGUCCUGGGCACGUGGCCAGAGAGCAGGGCCCCGGCCAGCCCUCCCUGUGUGCCCUUGCCUGGGCGUAUCGCCCCAAAUCACCUCCCUGCCAUCACAGGCCUCCCUCCUUUGGCUAAAGCUGGCCAGCGGUUGGCCAUGAGGGUAGGGCUGGUGGCUCGCUGCGAUACACAGGAGGAACUAGGAGGAACUGGCUGGUGCCCUCUGGCCCCUGGCAUCUCCCAUCCCCAAGUCUGAGCACCUGCCCCCGGCGGUUAUGCUCUAGCCGAGAGCACCCAGACAUUGGGCGGUGCCGCGCCAAGGACCAUGCGUUUGGGGGGACCUGUGCAUUCCCAGAGAGCCCUGGGGUCAGGUCAGUCCCCCGUCCCCGUCUCUCGCUGUGUGCCAUCCUACCUGCUCCUCGCCCAGGCUAACCAAGGGCUGCCCUGCCCCCCCCCGUUCCACCCACGGCCAGCUGGGGGAGGAUGUGACGAAGUGGGACAGUUCUUAAUGUUUCCUCUGAAUAGUGUGGGGGUGCCUCAGUUUCCCCUAGGCAGUUCUUAAGUAUCUAGGGGGUGGAGUAAGGGUGUAUGAUCAUUGCAGAGCCCUAGAGGGCAGGUGUGUGAAGGGGUCUGGACACAGAGAAUGGCCGACACCCUGUUUCCUGGCAACUGAUGGCCUGGGCCCUUCCCCCCCUGCAAGGUGAGAGCUGAAGGGUUGGAGAACAAAGGAAUCAGGUGACCUCCUGGCCCGGGAAAGGAACAAAGCCCAGAGGAGGAGGGGCUGGAGGGGUUUCAGUUUGGGGCUGGCUGGGACAUGGAGUGAAGUGCAGACGUGGUUGUCUGGCUCACUGCCCCCCAAAAUGGACCCAGCUGAGGGGUCCCGUUCUCUGUACCUACAAGUUCUGUUUUAGAACAUGUUCCUGUCAUCUAAUAAACCUCUGUUCUACUGGCUGGCUAAGAGUCAGAUCUCACUGCGGAGUUGGAGGGCAGGACCCUCUGACUCCCCCAGGACCCCGCCUGGGCGGACUCGCUAUGGGAAGAGCACGGAGGGGCAGAGGAAGCUGAAUGCUCUGAGGCCAGACCCAGGAAGGUGGAAGCUGGGUGAGCUGUGUGUCCUGCAGACAGGCUGCUCACAGAAAGGAGACUUCCCCAGAGUCC